CUUUUCUUCUGGAAAAACAAAACACAAGUCUCGUCUCAUCUUCUCGCUCACGCUUUCCCUUUUCCACCCAUCUCACUUUCUCCACAAACAUAAUUAAAGCUAUUCACAUAAUAAUUUCAUUAAAUUAUUAUUAUAUAUUUUAUUUCAAGCAAAAAAUAAUAAUAAAAAUAAAGAUAGCUCCAGAAAAGAAAAAGCUUUCUAAUGCUUUGAUUGAUUCCAGAAAUUCAACAAUGGAAUCCACCGUUGUUAUUAUUAUUCCAUUCUCUUCUUCUCUAUGCUUUUCUUUCUCAAAAAUCAAAAGUGCUGUGGCGGAGAGAUUUUUGAGGGAAGAGAGGAAGCAUGGGGAGGAGUAGGGUUAGGAAUCCGAGGAAAAGAUUGUUGAAGAUAAUGAAGUGUCUUUGCUCAGGGGAGGUUGUGAAAGAAGAAGAUAGAAUGGUUCCUGAUUCGUCGGAAUCUCUUGCGACGAAGGAUUAUUAUUCUGCGACGGGGAGUGGGAUUUCUGGACAAGAUGGACAGGUUGUGAGGAGGUUGGAUUCUGGUAAUAUUGAGCAAGCUGAAUCGUCGUUGCGUGAGAGUGGUAUCUUGAAUUAUGAGGAAGCUAGAGCUUUGUUAGGGAGAUAUGAAUAUCAGGAAGGAAACAUAGAAGCUGCUUUGCAUGUCUUUGAAGGCAUAAACAUAGCUGCUGUGACUCCCAAGAUAAAUGAUUUUCUAGCCAAAAGUAGAGAGCGUCCCAAGAGACGCUCUCGGAGUUACACUCCUCCAUCAAUUUCUAUACAUACAGCUGGAUUACUGCUAGAAGCGAUUUUGCUAAAAGCAAAAUGUUUGCAGGUUUUUGGAAGGUUUGAAGAGUCUGCCCAAACAUGCAAGGUUAUUCUGGACAUGGUUGAGUCUUCUUUACCUGAAGGCUUGCCUAGAAACUUUGGCGCCGAAUGUAAAUUGCAGGAGACUUUAAGUAAGGCAGCUGAGCUACUUCCAGAGUUAUGGAAACUUGCUGAUUGUCCACGAGAAGUUAUUUUGUCUUACCGGCGCGCACUCCUUCAUCGAUGGAAUCUUGAUGCAGAGACCACAGCAAAAAUUCAGAAAGAAUUUGCCAUUUUUCUUCUAUAUUGUGGAGGGGAAGAAAUUCUCCCAGAUCUUCGUGCCCAUAUCGACAGUUCAUUUGUACCAAGAAAUAACACUGAAGAGGCUAUACUUCUUUUAAUGAUUUUGCUAAGAAAAACAUCUCUAAAUAAAAUUGAGUGGGAUCCUUCAAUUUUGGAGCACCUUUCAUUUGCCCUAUCGGUUUCCGGGAAUUUGACAGCUUUAGCCAACCAAUGGGAAGAGUUACUCCCUGGUACUAUCAAUCGAAGAGAAAGGUACCAUGCCCUUGCUCUUUGUUAUUAUGGGGCAGAUAAGGACUUGGUGGCCUUUAAUCUUCUUAAAAAGUUGUUGAGUAACGGAGAGGAUCCAAAACAUGUUCCUGCUUUGUUAACAGCUUCUAAGAUAUGCUGUGAGAACCCUGACCUUGCAAAAGAUGGGGUUAGCUACGCUACCAGAGUGCGUGAGAACUUGGGUGAAAGAUGCAAUCAGUUGGAAAGUCUCGCCAAUUGCUUACUCGGUGUUUCACUUUCAACAUACUCAAAAUUGGCUGUUUCUAAUUCUGAGAUGUUUGAGAAACAAUCUGAGGCACUCCGAUCAUUAGAAAUUGCAAGCACUAUGACCAAAAUGAAUGACCCUCUUGUACUUUACUAUUUAAGUCUAGAAUAUGCAGAGCAAAGGAAGUUGGAUUCUGCGCUUCAUUAUGCAAAGCGCUUUCUUAACUUAGAAGCGGGGUCUAAUAUUAAAGGCUGGUUGUUGUUAGCCCGAAUAUUAUCAGCACAAAAACAGUUUUUGGAUGCUGAAUCUAUUGUUGAUGCUGCUUUGGAUCGGACUGGAAUAUGGGAUCAAGGAAUUUUGUUGCGAACCAAAGCUAAACUUCAAAUUGCACAGGGGAAGUUGCCAAGUGCCAUUGAAACAUACAUUCAGCUUCUUGCUAUUCUUCUGGUUCAGAGAAAAACUUUUGGUUCAAGAAACAAGCUAUACAAGGACAACAGAGAUCAUGCUAGGAGCUUGGAAGUUGAAAUAUGGCAUGAUCUUGCUUAUGUAUACAUAAGUCUGUCAAGGUGGCAUGAUGCAGAGGUGUGUCUUUCGAAAUCUAAGGCCAUCAGACUAUACUCUGCUUCUAGAUGCCAUGUAAUAGGUACUAUGCUUGAAGGAAAGGGUCUUUACAAAGAGGCUCUAAAAGCUUUUGUUGACGCAUUGAACCUUGAUCCCGGACAUGUCCCUAGCUUGAUCUCAACCGCUGUGGUUCUUAAACGGUUUGGUACUCAAUCAUAUCCUGCUGUUAGAAGCUUUCUGAUGGGUGCACUAAGGCUUGACAGAACUAAUACUUCAGCUUGGUAUAAUCUUGGCAUUCUUCACAAGGAAGAAGGUAGAAUAUUAGAAGCUGCAGAAUGUUUUCAGGCUGCAAACUCUCUCGAAGAAUCAGAGCCAGUGGAACCUUUCAGAUGACUGAGUCUACAUCUGCACGCAUUAACUUAUGUGAUUUCAUAUCACACUUGAUUAUUCAUAUAUAAUUUUCAUUUUCAUGUGUUCUUGACGUCGAUAUAGGUAAAAAAAGAUAGGCAUCAUUUACAACUUAGUAUCUUACUAUGGUUGUGAGCUGCUGUCCUUCCCUUUUGGAUUGUUGCUCAUAGUCGAUACGGGCUUACCUUUAGAUUAUUGGUUCAUGUAUAGUUUUCUUCUUUUUCCCUGUAUUGUGAUAAAUUUCAUUAAAUACAAUGAAAAUGUAUCCAAAACAAAUAAAAAGUUGAAGAACUGGAGAAGAGCAUUUGACAUGGA